CCUUCGUCUCCCCCAUUCAUAUCGGGCAAGGUGCCACUGCCCGUCAUCCGCCAUCAUCCGCUGUCCACAAGCCAUCUCCAACCACCGCCUCCCGCUUACAGCUCUAGUCCCGGCCUUACACCUUUCUAAUUUCUCACCUCACAAGCAAUGACCUAAUAUCCAUGCUUCGGCGCUUGAAAUGGCUCUGCCCGCUAGUUGAAGGCCCUGGUAACCAUGGCCAGGAAUGAAGCCACCUCCCGCUUCAGCUCUGCUAAGAGCUCCAGCACCGACCCCAGUUCGCGUUCAACUGGCACAGCGAAGCCGUUGCCGGCGACUCCUAUCUCCCCUACUAGCAACAACGGCAACAGCAACGGCAACAGCGCUUUGAACGACAUCAACGGCUAUGCUGCUCUGCGCCGCCACUCCACCUCCACCGGCUCUCGACGAGGACUUCCUACGCGACUGAGGACUGACGGAGACGGGAAUGUGCACCGCUCCUUAAGAGAACCAGAACCCCAGCUCUCGCCUCCGUCGUCGCCGCCUGCCACUAGUGCCGCCCUGUCGCCAACAAGGUCCGCUCCCCAUGUCUCUACUUUGCGAGACCAUCGGAUGAGCGACCUUACCAAUUAUCGUCGUGACUUGGCCGUGCUCGACCCUUCCGGCGGACGUGUCCCCCAGCUUCCCCAGCUUCAGCACAGCAGCAACAAUUUCAUGUCGGGCACUCUGGGCCAGGUCGCGCCUUGGCUGACCGGCAACGGCACCGGCACCGGCUCAACCACCAGUCCCGCUCCCACGAGCUUCUACAAUGAUUCGACCGACAACCUUUCCGUCUCAUCCCAGCUGUCGCCGGGCCUUCGUCCCACUCACUCCCGCCUAACUCAGACCCCGACCGGCAGCACCGACUCCCCCGAUCUCGCAUAUUUCAACGAUGAGAGGCGGCCGUCCUCCGCAAGCAUCGUCACUAACGCCAGCAGUCAAGGUUCGAAGGCGAGCGGGAACAGAGGUGGAUUGAAGAAGCUCCAAGGCUUCUUUGGGGAGGAGUUUCCUGGCCGAGACUCGUCCGACACCAGCCUUCCGCCCGCCGUCCCGGCGAAGGAGCACCGCUCCCACUCGUACAGCCAUGGCCGCUCAUAUAGGGAUCGAAACCACUCCAACGCCACAGAUCACACCAAGGACGCCUCACCGACCUCGUCGCGGCCACGAACCCCGGUGCCGGCCCCAGAAGUCGUGCCUUUCCUGUACCAGGAAGCAGAGGACAUUGCGCGGUAUGGUGAGGCCCCAGUCCGAGACAUCCUCACCGGGCCGGAUCGAGAGCGAUACAUGAGCGAGGCUUCAGGAAGGGAUCCGCCGAAAACAUCGUCGUCUUCGCGCUCAGGCCACUCCAUGGUACACAUGCCUGGCCAUACCCACAGACACAAUAAGAGCAACGACGACCCGAGGGCCCUUCGGCCGUCAAUCAGCAGAGAAGAUUCAAUGGCUAGUACGCCCAACUUCAAGGACCGGAGCGGUUCUGCGGCGACCUCGUAUGGUUCGAAAUCUCGAGCCCAAAGCCCAGCGCCGCCGAUCGGCUCCAAGGGUUCAACCCGUGAUGGCCCAACCUCGCCCGGUCAUCAGGCUCAUCAGGGUCACCCCAAGAAGGGUCUUCUCAACCGGCUGCGGAGAACUCACAAGGACAAGGACGAAGCGCCUAGCCAGUCGCUCAAGUCUCUUCCCCCUUCCACCCAUUCUUUACCUUCGCGUCCGUCUCGAUCGGAUCUUGGGAGGCAAGGGCCCGAACCGCCUCUACCGUACACAUCGGAAUGGCCCAGCCCCAUGGAGUAUCGAGACACCCCACCCUCGCGGCAUGGAUAUUCGCGUCAACAAACCUUUAACAACAAGUUUCCGUUCUCGAAGAAGGGGCGAUCGCAUCGGCACCAUGAUGACCCUGACGAACAGAUCGGCCCGACAGACAGGCAGGAAGGCACCGGCACCUUCUACGCUCUUGACACGAAUCUGAACGACAUGGAAGGCAUCCUGAGCAGACCACUGCCAUUGACUCCCAUGAACCCGGAAUUCUUGAGAAACGCUGACGCCGACCAGCCCCCUCUGAGGGUUGCCGGCCCGAAUGGUGCAUGGAAUGCGCCCGACAGUUGGGCAGUCAAACGGACUGAAGACGAUGCGUCGACCCAUACGCCCGACAUUGAGGAUGUGGGCAGCCCGCCUAGACCGGAGGAGAAGCUCACGCCCUACUGCAUCCGGGUAUUCAGAUCCGACGGAACCUUCGCUACCCUGCAGAUGGCCCUGGACUCUACUGUCCAUGAGGUUGUCUCGCAGAUCAUGAAGAAGUCGUAUGUCACCGACGGGCUGGACGACUACCAUAUAAUCCUCAAGAAGCACGAUCUCAUCCGAGUCCUCAAUGGCAUAGAGCGGCCGCUCCUAAUUCAGAAGAGACUGUUGCAACAAGUUGGGUACGAAGAGCGGGACAGGAUAGAGGACGUUGGCCGAGAAGACAACAGCUAUCUCUGCCGUUUUCUCUUCUUGUCGGCCCGAGAGAGCAACUUCCAUGGCGUUACUCACGACGUCGGACUCGGCCGGAUGCAGAAGUUCAACCACGUGGACCUGGCUGGGCGCAACCUCGUCACGAUCCCCAUCUCCCUAUACUUGAAAGCACCCGAGAUCAGCUCGCUAAACCUGUCAAGGAAUCUAUCACUAGACCUGCCUCGAGACUUUAUUCAGUCAUGCCAGAACCUCCGCGACAUAAAAUACAACAACAACGAAGCCAGAAAGCUGCCAUUGAGUCUCGGCCGGGCCAGCAAGCUCACCUACCUUGAUGUCUCGAACAACCGUCUGGAGCAGCUGGAGCAUGCCGAAUUGAAUGAGCUGACGGGCCUCCUGAAGCUCAACCUCGCGAACAACCGCCUCAAGCAUCUGCCUCCCUAUUUCAGCACUUACAAGUCCCUGAGGACCCUCAACAUCUCGUCUAAUUUCCUCGAGAAGUUCCCUGGGUUUCUCUGCGAACUGGAGAGCCUUGUCGAUCUCGACUUGAGCUUUAAUCUGAUAGGCACCCUCCCUGAAGAGAUGGGACAUCUCAGGAACUUGGAGAAGUUUGUCAUUACCAACAACCGACUCUCCGGCGCUCUCCCGGCAUCCUUCAAUCGGCUCCAAACCCUUCGCGAGCUAGAUAUCAAGUACAACGCCAUCACGUCCAUCGACGUCAUCUCUGAGCUUCCUAAGCUGGAGAUUCUCGCAGCCGACCAUAAUGCCAUCUCCCAGUUCGUCGGCAGCUUCGAGAGGAUACGAAGCUUGAAGUUGAACGCCAACCCAAUCACCAAGUUCGAGAUUGUCUCGCCGCUUCCGACGCUGAAGCUACUCAACCUCUCGAACGCUCAGCUGGCAAGCAUCGACGAGUCUUUCAACAACAUCUUGAGCCUGGAAAGGCUCGUCCUGGACAAGAAUUACUUUGUGUCCUUGCCAAAUCAGAUCGGUAAUCUAAGGAGGCUGGAGCACUUUAGCAUCGCCAACAACUCCGUCGGCGAGCUCCCCCCCGAGAUCGGCUGCCUUACAGAGCUGAGGGUGCUCGAUGUGCGCGGAAACAACAUCAGGAAGCUCCCUAUGGAGAUCUGGUGGGCUAAGAAGCUCGAGACCCUCAAUGCAUCCUCGAAUGUCUUGGACCAUUUCCCGAAACCGGCCUCCCGCGCGCCCCAGCCUCCAGGGGACGGCGGAAAUAAUGCCAGCUCGCUCAGUAGCAAGACUCCGCUUCCAGGAUCGCUAUCUCAGAAACCCAGCCUUGAAGAUCUGGGUGGAGACGCGAGGAGGCGGCCUAGCCAGCCGUCGAGCACGCUCUUAAGUGUUGGCCCGUCGCCAAUACCAUCGGGGCCGGACCGAAAGAACUCGGUGGUAUCCGUGUACGGGAAGGGUGGGCGGAAGACGUCUGUUCUCUCACGGAGCAGCGCAGCCCAGGGCAGCAGUGGGAGCCAGACGCCAACAAUGGCCUCUAGGAAAGACUCGGGCUUGUCUCAGAGGCUAACGAACACAUUUGCCGGCUCGUUGAGGAAUAUCUACCUGGCGGAUAACCAACUGGACGACGACGUCUUCGACCAGAUUACCCUCCUAUCCGAGCUUCGCGUCCUCAACCUCUCCUAUAAUGAUCUCUCAGACAUGCCCCAGCGGUCCAUAAAGAGCUGGCCUCAACUCGUGGAGCUCUAUCUGUCCGGGAAUGAGCUGGCCAGCCUCCCCGCGGACGACCUGGAGGAAUACAGCUUGUUGCAGGUCUUGCACAUAAACGGUAACAAGUUCACCAACCUUCCGGCAGACAUCUCGAGGGCCAAGAAGCUCGCAGUACUCGACUGUGGCAGCAAUUACCUCAAGUACAACAUUUCUAAUGUUCCGUAUGAUUGGAACUGGAAUCUCAAUCCCGACCUGAGAUAUCUCAACCUGUCCGGGAAUAGGCGGCUGGAGAUCAAGCAGUCCUUCCUCGGUGCCAGCGCAGCCAACCGUGAGAACUACACAGACUUCAAUCGACUCCUGAAUCUGCGGGUCCUCGGCCUCAUGGACGUGACACUGAUACAACCCAGCAUCCCGGACCAGAGCGAGGAUCGCCGAGUCAGAACGUCCGGGUCGUUGGCAGGCUACUUGCCCUACGGUAUGGCUGACACCCUGGGCAAGAACGAGCACCUGUCGACGAUAGACCUUGUUGUGCCACGCUUCACGUCGUCGGACACGGAUACUCUGCUGGGGCUCUUCGAUGGCCAGGCACUGAGUAGUGGUGGUUCCAGGAUCGCCAAGUAUCUCCACGAGAAUUUCGGCCAGGUCUUCGCCACAGAACUGAAGGCACUAAAACCGAAGCUCAAUGAGACCCCCGAGGAUGCUCUGAGGCGAGCCUUCCUCUCGCUGAACAAAGACCUCGGCACUAUUGCUGUCCAACACACGGAAGACCGGUCCUUGGUAACGCAUCGGAGCUCCACGGCCUCGCAAGUUGUGCUCAGCAAGGAGGAUGUCAACUCCGGGAGUGUGGUUACGGUUGCCUACCUUCAGGGGAUGGAUCUCUAUGUCGCCAAUGUCGGGGACGUGCAGGCCAUGCUGAUCCAGUCCGAUGGCACUUACAAGAUACUGACUCGGAAGCAUGAUCCGGCAGAACCGGGGGAGCGGUCACGCAUUCGAGACGCGGGGGGAUGGGUCUCGCGGAACGGCAGAUUGAACGACGUGCUCGAAGUAUCGCGAGCAUUCGGAUAUGUCGAUCUAAUGCCCGUCGUGCACGCCGCGCCGUACGUCAGCCACAUAACUGUCCGAGAGCAAGACGAGACCAUUCUCAUCGCGACGAGGGAACUAUGGGAGUACCUUUCCCCCGGGCUCGUGGUCGAUGUUGCGCGGUCCGAACGUGGAGACCUCAUGCGGGCGUCACAGAAGCUUCGAGAUCUGGCCAUGGCGUACGGUGCCACAAGCAAGAUCAUGGUCAUGAUGAUAGGUGUCGCGGAUCUCAAGAGGAGGACCGAGCGAUCGCGACUCCACCGGGGACAGAGCUUGUCCUGGUAUCCGGUUGCCCAGGAGGACGCCCAGUGGGCCCCGGCAAGGCGGGGGAGGAGGGCGAAGGCCGAAGGUCCCUUGGACUCGACUCUGCAGCGACUCGAAGCCGAAGUGCCAGCCCCUACUGGUCUGAUCUCGAUCGUCUUCACCGACAUCAAGAGCUCGACGACGCUUUGGGAGACGUACCCGGCCGCCAUGAGAUCGGCCAUCAGGUUGCACAACGAAGUCAUGCGUCGCCAGCUUAGACGAAUCGGCGGGUUUGAGGUCAAGACGGAAGGCGAUGCGUUCAUGGUCUCGUUCCCCACUGCGACAUCGGCGCUCCUGUGGUGCUUCGCCGUCCAGAUGCAGCUGCUAGAAGUGAACUGGCCGUCGGAGAUGCUCAACUCGAUCGCCUGUCAACCGCUAUUCGACAAGGACAACAACCUCGUCUUCAAGGGCCUGUCAGUGCGCAUGGGAAUUCAUUGGGGUGAGCCCCUGGCCGAACCCGAUCCGGUGACGCGCCGUAUGGAUUACUAUGGCCCCAUGGUGAACAAGGCCAGUCGAAUCUCGGCCUGCGCCGAUGGCGGGCAGAUCACCGUCUCGUCGGACUUCAUCUCCGAGAUCCAGCGCUGCCUGGAGACGUACCAGGAAUCCGGGACCUCCAGCGUGGAUGUCCCAGAGGACGACGCCUUUGCAAAGACAAUCCCCAACGAGCUGCGGUCCCUCAGCAGCCAAGGUUUCGAGGUCAAGGAGAUGGGUGAGAAGAAGCUCAAGGGUCUCGAGAACCCCGAGGUCGUCUACUCACUCUAUCCGCAUGCUCUUGCCGGGAGGAUAGAGCAUCACCAGGCACACGAGAGGACACAGACCAACAGCAUCGACGCCGGGGGCGGGCCGGCGGUGUUGAGCCCCGGUAGCGAGCUUCCCUUCGAUCCGGAGGCUAUAUGGGCCCUUUGGCAAGUCAGUCUGCGGCUGGAAAUGCUGUGCAGCUCGCUGGAGGAGGUCUCUGGAAGGGGCCUGCAACCCCCUGAGACGGAGCUCCUUGAGCGCAUGAAACAGAGAGGCGGGGAAGUAACGGAGCGCUUCUUGGUGAACUUCAUGGAGCACCAGGUCAGCAGGAUUGAGACCUGUGUCUCUACCCUUGCUAUGCGCCACAUGGCCAUGGGCGGUGGAACCAUCAGCCAGCUGAACGACCUCCGCGCUCCCAUGUCACAGGUGCUGGACAGCCUCGCAGCCCAGCUGGCGGAACUCGAACAGUACAAAGCCCGCUUCGGAGGCAACCUGCUGUCGAUCGAGGGCGGAUCGAUCGAGGACGGAAGCGACACCGAGCACGAAUGACCUUGACGACGUGCGUGUAUAUACACACACAAAUAUAUACAUACUAUAUACGAGCGGCAUAGCGAUCGACGCUAGGGCUGAAGACAUACUCCUACCGGAUAUAUAGGUAUUGUUUGAUGAAUAUGUUGGCCAGACUUUUGAUUGUUUCCAGAAGUAACAUCUAACGGCCCGGCGGCUCAGGGG